AUGGCGGAAGGGGCGUCGCCGCCGUUACCGGAAGCGGGCGGCACGGUUCCUUCCCGGCCCAGCAUGGCGGAGGCGCCGGGCGAAGGCCCGCGGCUGCCGGAGCUGCUGGAGACGGGCUGGCGGCUGCUGGAGGAGGUGGAGGCCAGCACCGAGCCGUCCUCCGGAGCCCCGUCCGUGCAGGCCAAGGUGCGGCGGGGGCUGGGCGCGCUGCAGCAGGCGGCCGCCAUGGUGGAGGAGCUGCAGCUGUUCAGCGAGAACGAGGAGCUGGAGGAGAUCGCCUCGGCCGACCUGAAGUACCUGCUGGUGCCCGCGCUGCUGGGUGCGCUGACGCUGCGGCAGGUGGAGCCGAGCCGGCGGCGGGAGCACCUGGAGAGCGCCCGGAGGCACCUGUGCCGCUUCCUGGAGCUGUGCCGCUCCUACGGGCUGAGCGGAGCCCCGCCGCCCCCAGCCGCCCCUCGGGAGGACGGCGAGCCCGGCAGCGCCGCGCAGAGCAGCCUGCUGGCCAUGGCCUCCAGCCGGCAGGCCAAGAUCGAGAGAUAUAAGCAGAAAAAGGAACUGGAGAACAAGUUGGCCUCUCUGAGAACCUUUGUGGAGAGUGGGCAGGCAGAUGAGGAGCAAAUACGGGAGCUGUAUCUACUGCAGGCCCGGAAAUGGGUCAACAUCAGCUUUGAGGAAAUUGAGAGCAUCGACCAGGAAAUGGUCAUCUUGAAGAGCAGGGAUACAAUGAAGCAGUCCUCAGCACCGCCACAUGGUCCUUCUCGGCAAGUCAGGACUCCACUGAAACCUUUCAUUCUUACCCGGGAUGCAGUUCAGGCUAAAGUGUUUGGUGCUGGAUAUCCUGGCCUGCCAACUAUGACUGUAAACGACUGGUAUGAUCAGAAGAGAAGGGAAGAAGCAGCACGUGGUCAGACUGCACCUCAGAGGCCACCAACAGACACAAAUGACGAAGAGUCGCAGAAGGAGCAGCAGGAGAAAACAAAGGAGGAGGAUGAUGAGGAAGCUCUUCAAAAAGCUCGGGACUGGGAUGACUGGAAAGAUACACACCCAAGAGGCUAUGGCAACCGGCAGAACAUGGGCUGAUGCUCCAGCAGCAGAGAGAGCAGGGCCUGGAAAUCCUGUAAGAGUUGCCUAUGUCUCGCAGGCGUAGGAAUAAAUGCACUGUACAUAUGCAGAGGUAUCCUUGGCUUCUCUGCGAGUCACUGGAAUCAGAGGAGUGAGCGUGACAAUUUGCUUUGGUUUACAUGAAACGUCAGGCUGACAGCGUGCUUGUCCUGUGCAGUGACAGCGGGGGCUCCUGGCAGCGGGCGCUGUGAUGGGUCAGGCUGCCUCUGCCCUCCCAGUCAGAGGAAGUCCUUGAAAGAAAAGUACCUGAGUUUGGAAACCGCUCUUUGUAUUGUUGGUGGAUGUAUUUAUUUUUUCCUCUAUAUUUUAAACAAAAUAAAAUCUCUUGUGUUGCCUA